ACAAGGCCAGCUUGUUCUCAGAAUGCGGCAAAAGAAGACGACCGUCUUCUCACCUUUCGUUACCCAACUGUCCCCUUCGUUUUGAAAUUAGCGCGCGUGCAGCUUUGGCGGACAGCGCCCGACUUUCCAGACGAUGGAUAUCCUUCAGCGCCUUGCGCGGUUCCUCGACCGACCCCUGUUCCCGUGGAAGAAGCUCAUCAUUGGCUUCUCCGUCGCCCAGUUUUUGUUCGAGGGUUUCUUGGGUGUGCGCCAGUAUAGGGUCCUUCUGAACAAGAAGCCCCCCAAGGUGCUGGAACACGAGGUUUCACAAGAAGUCUACGACAAGAGCCAGUCCUAUGGAAGAGCCAAGGCCAAGUUCGAGCUUGUCAACAACCUCUAUGGACAGAUCCAGAACAUUGCAUUCUAUCAGUUGGACAUUCUCCCCAAGCUUUGGUCAUGGACAGGCCGCCUUCUCAGCUUCGCGCCGUCGCGGUUCACAGGCGAAAUCUCGCAUUCCAUAGUCUUUAUUCUCUCGUUCAUCGUCAUCCACCAGGUCCUGUCGCUGCCGAGCAGCAUCUACCAUACUUUCGUCUUGGAGGAGAAGUUCGGCUUCAACAAGCAAACGCCCAAGCUCUUCGUCACGGAUAUGAUCAAGUCUAACCUGCUGGCCGUUACCUUGGUGCCUCCCAUUCUGUCGGCCUUCCUUACGAUCAUCCAGAAGACUGGAAGCCAGUUUUUCUAUUACCUGUGGAUGUUUGGAGCCGGCCUGCAGGUGUUUAUGAUCACCAUCUAUCCCAUCGCCAUUCUGCCCCUGUUCAACAAGCUAUCGCCUCUGAAGGAAGGCGAGCUGAAGACGGACGUUGAAGACCUGGCCAAGAAGCUCGAAUUCCCGCUCCACGAACUGUAUGUGAUUGACGGGAGCAAGCGAAGUGCCCACAGUAAUGCCUAUUUCUUCGGACUGCCCUGGAAGAAGCACAUUGUCAUUUAUGACACCCUCAUUGAGAAGAGCGAGACCCAAGAAGUUGUUGCUGUUCUUGCGCACGAACUCGGCCACUGGAAGCUCGGCCACACCACGAGGCUCUUCGGCAUCUCUCAGGUUCACUUCUUUUACAUUUUUGCUCUCUUCUCUGUUUUCAUCAACAACAAGUCGCUCUACGCCGACUUUGGGUUUAUCAAGACGCAUCCAAUUAUCGUCGGGUUUCUCCUCUUCUCGGACGUGCUGGGUCCCAUGGACACGGUUAUCAAACUCUUGAUGAACGUCCUCAGCCGCAAGUACGAAUUUGAGGCCGACUCGUUUGCCAACAAGCUCGGAUACAACGCGGAGCUGGCUCGCUCGUUGAUCAAACUGCAGAUCCAGAACCUCAGCACCAUGGACGCCGAUUGGAUGUUCGCCAGCUACCAUUUCUCGCACCCGAUCCUGUCGGAGCGACUGAAGGCUCUGAACUGGCAGCCCACCAAGAAGGUAGAGAUGAAGGAAGGUGACAAGACGUAUGCCGAUGCAGUCGCCACCGGGGUGGACAGCAAGGAUGAUAAGUCUGCCGCUGUAGCUGCUACGGGGCGGGACGAGCUAUAAGCGACGGCAUGGAUUUUGUGUAUGAAUUGGUGAAGGCAAAAAGAGAAGAAAAAGCGAAGGGAAAUGAUCGGCACAGUGGACUGCUCGUCGAUGGUCGCUUUGUAUGUCAUAUUGAAACGAGUUCUACAUUAUUUAGGAUCCGAGUCGACUCUAACGAGAUAACCCUAACCCUGGAUAUCUCCUGAAGGGUCUAAUCUGCAAUUGACUUUGGCAUUGAACGAGCUUGGAUGUAAGAAAAUGUUAAUUGAGGUUUUUGUUUUGAA